UAAAGGAAGACUUUAAUCAGGGAAACGGAAAUGUCAGGCGAGUAAGCAGGAUUCGAUACAGAAUAUCUUUCCAAUAAACUAUAGGAUGGUUUGUUAAUUAUUAAGAAGAAAAAGUCACAUAACGUCGCCAGAGACAAAACUGCAACUAUGACAAAUGUGUACUCCUUUGACGGCAUCCUUGUGUUUGGGCUGCUGUUCAUCUGCACCUGCGCAUAUCUCAAAAAGGUGCCUCGGCUCAACAGUUGGUUGCUGUCAGAGAAGAAAGGAGUGUGGGGUGUCUUCUACAAAGCUGCAAUAAUUGGGACAAGGCUUCACAUCCCUGUGGCAAUUUCCUGCCUGAUCAUGGCCUUUUACAUCAUCUUCCUGAAAUGAUAUUCACCCUCGAUCAGAAAGACUGGAUGGCUGCUGGCUGGGAACGGACUCAUUUCUGUGGUCCUGUGUUAAUCCUCGCCGUAGGGAUCUCCUCUGAGUGACAGAUGAAACCCCACUGGGCUUCUGGACCCUUGUAAAUGUUAAGCCUGUGCUGCCCCCUCCUGGUGACUAGGCAUAUAACUCCUUCUUGAAUAUGUGUGCACUACAGACAUGGGGGACAUUGAGAAUCUACAGAUACAAUUGAGAGAGCCUGUUGGUUCGCUUGAUUUCAUUCUAUUGUUGGGUUAUAAUGUUGGCUGUCUUGAUUUACACGCUCACAGGAUUAUUGUUGUACUGAAAGACACAGAAGAUUGAAGGGUGAAAUGUUCAUCAUGCAUUUUAUCUGUGUACAAUUUAAAAUUAGCAACAAAUCAAAUGAAUAAUUUAAUUCGCUCCCGGUUAUGUUGUUGUUUGUUUUGGUUUUCCUAGCACCGGCGGAGGGAAAGAUAAACAAAGCUAAUAUAUAAACAUGUCCUUGUCUACACAAUUUUUAAACAGAAACUCUUUUAAUCUCGUACAUUUUCUUACUAGAGCUCUUUGACAUCUCCUAAACAUGUUUCAGGUUUGAAGUACACUUUUUGUACAGGUUUAUGUUCCGUUCAUUUUUUCCUCUCCUUGAACCUUUUCACAUCUUUUCCUGUUACAAAAACAAACUUCGUUGUGCUUUACUGGAAUUGUGUGUGAUAUACUGAAACAGACUAGUGCAUAUUUGUGAAGCAGAUUGGAAAAUCAUCCACCCUUUACAAAAAAAUAAAAAUAAAUGUGGUGUGAAUUUGAGUUCAGACCUCCUGAGUUAAUAAUUUCUAGAUUUUCUAAUUUUCUAAUGGCUUGUGGCAAACAGGACUUCUUUUUGCUUUCUUUCUACCACUACUUCCAUAAACGCCAUAUUGGUGCAAUGCACAACUAAUACUGGUUGACAAACAUUUGGACCUAAGCUAUGGAUCUGUGCACUUCUUCCAGAGCUAUCAUGAGCCUCUCCGAUGCUUCUUCUUUGCACUUGCUUGGGAUAUUGUUUUAUGACCUAAAUUUGUUUUAUACUGUUCCACAUCUUUACCCCCAACCUGUCUGCUGUGUUGCUCUCUAGCAAAAUUUUGAGGCCUUCAUCGAACAGCUGGAUAUAUACUGAAUUUAAAUGACACAGCAAGAUUCAAUUUACUAUUUGGAUGACCUCUAAAGACAGUGAAGGGGACUGAAUACAAAUGCACAUCACACCACAGAUUUUUAUUUGGGGGGAAAAAACCCAUCUGAAAACUACAUUUUCUUUCAGGUAGCUAGGAGCCACUUUCUGUUGAUCUGUCGCAUGCAAUCCCAUCAUAAUACACUGAAGUAGUGGUAUGAAUACUUACAAGGUAUUACAAAUGUAUACUAAACAUGUUUUAAUGUCGUAACUGGACUUCAAAUCAGUUUAGGAUCUACCACAAAUAUACCAAAUUUGCAGAUUGCCAUAGAAGAGCUACAAAUGAAAAUAUAGCUUAUGUUAAAGUAGCUGCAUUCGACUUGCCUGAAGAAGCGAUGCCAUCUUGCAAUGGUUGUCACGCCAUUUGAUCAGUUUGCUGUUGUUCAGACCUUACUUGUGAGACAUUAUUUGUACUGUUAGAUGCAUUGUUUUGGAGGUUCAAUGCUGUUUCGAUUAAAAAUUAUAAACUGC